AUGUACAUUUUCUACCUUGUGAUAAUAACGAUUUUAGUUUUAGCAUGUUGGUCGUUUUGGGGCUUCGUAAACGACAUGCAAGUGGCUUCUUUUACAGCUUUGGGCUUCAGGGGCACUGCGGAUUUUGCCAUUGCUUCUUUCGAUGUCAGUGAGGUUAUUUUCAGUGCGAUUUUUUUCGUGGUUUCCACACCUUUCAAAUUUAAACAUUUUAUUCGGAUCAUCGAGAAUAUUGAUCAAAUUGACUCUCUCGUUUCUUCAAUUUUUGUUAAAGAAAUUCGAAAAAGGACAAAUAUAUUUGUUAAGGUUUUGGCAAUUUUCUUGCCUACUUUAUACAUCCUUGACCUGUUUAUGUGGGGGAAUAAUAGCUGGGAAGGGUUAAAUAAUUAUUUUGCCUUCUAUAUAAUGUACAGCAUUGUUUUGGUUCACGAAUUACAGUAUUGGCAAAUAAUGACGAUGAUGUAUGUUCGAAUUAUGGGUCUCAAUAAAACAUUGAAAGAUUCUUUCAAAAAUAAAACAGGACUCUGUGAACAAGACAUAUUUGUAAUUAUUCAAACUUACAAUUAUAUACAUGAUUCAGUAGAAGAAAUCAAUGAAUGUUUUAGUUUCAGUACUACUAUAAUUAUUUUCAGCUGUUAUAUUCAUUUAGUAAUAAGUCCUUACCAACUUUUUGUCGUAAUGUCAAGCAUUGAAACUUCUAUUUUUCAUUAUGUGUAUUUAUUGUGGAUUUGUUUACAAAUUUGGAGAGUUUUAACAAUUGUUGAAGUUUGCCACAAGUGUGAGACUCAGAAUCAGAAAACUAGAAAUUUGGUUUACCAAUUAUUGCUUUGCAAAUUAGACAAACGAAUCAAAAAAAUGGUUAGAACACUUUUCUUUAUAGUGACAAAAAGAAAACUUUUGCUUUCUGCAUAUGCUUUACCUAAAAUUAACAGAAGACUUGUAAUAUCUAUUCUUAGUUCUAUCAGUACUUAUUGGAUGAUUUUGAUGCAAUCCAGCGCUAGGACGAUACGAAUGAUUUAAUUACGGUCUUUUUUUACAUUUUGCUACUUGACACAAUAUUUAAU